GUCAGUCAGUCACUCUUUUGUAGUUUACGAGUUUGUAACCAUAGCUUGCCGUCGUGGUGAGUGGGUGAAGAGUGUAUAGUACAAAGUACAAUCAAAUCACUAAGUCGGUAGUGAUCAGAAAAAGGUUAAAUCUGUAAAGUAAUAUACGUUAUUUAAUUUAUAUUCAGUGUUGAAUUUCACUGAAAAUUGUACUGUACAUUUAUUAAAUAUUAUUCGUCAAUAAGGUUAGUGCUGUAGGUGAAUUAUUUAAACAGCCAUAUUUUACACUGAGCAAGUAAUUUGAGUUUUGUUUAUAAAGAUAACAAAAAUGUCCGAUUCUGUUACCUUGAAUUUAUUGCCUAGGAACCCAAAUUUCAGCAACAACGACAUCCGUGUUGUAAAUCCCGAAGAAACAAGAUCAUCAGCAGGUGCUCCCCUAGCUCUGCAUGAAGAUGAUGCUAUAUUGCCACCAGAAAGACCAUCAGCAGGACCUGAAAUUGAUGACCUUUACCCAGGAAACAAACCAUCGGAUGGUUCUGAGAUAGACAAGCUAUUGCCUCCACAAAGUUAUCCAAAGCCUUCUGAUUACCCAGGUGUUGACGAUGGCCUGAUUCCCAGGAGGGAGGAUGGUGUUCCAGCCCCUCCUAGACCUAGUUUUCCUACACCGGAGGAUCCUAUCAUUCCAACAGUACCAGGAUCUGGGAAAAAACUACCUGAUGUGAAUGUAUAUCAGCAGAAGAAAACACUUGCUCAAGGCAUGAUGGACCUUGCCUUAUUGACUGCCAAUGCCAACCAGCUAAGAUAUGUCCUCGAUGCAGGCUCCGUGCAUACAUAUUAUUACGUUAAUCUGAUUUUCAUUCUUACCAGUAUUACUUUGCAGGUAGCAGUAGGCCUAUUGUUGCUGUGGAACAGUAGAUUCAACAUAAACAAAGAACAUCAUAUUAUUGUAGCCAAUAGAAUAAACAAUUUUACAGUCACAGGAAUAUUUCUAAUAACUAUUCUCAAUGUAUUCAUUUCAGCAUUUGGUUUGCCAGAUAGGUCACUGAUGAUGAUGGCUCCCCAGAUUUUAAAUAAUGAGGUGGAAUCUAUAACAGACACUGGUAAUGUUGAUGUUUCUACUGUACAAAACUAAUUUCAACCAUGUACCAAUGUGAUAAUACUCGUACUUUUAUCGAGGGUGUUGUGCAAUAUUUUGUCUUACAAUUAAUAACUUGGAUCUAUUAAAAUGUCUUUAAUGUAUAGACAUCUAAUCGGUGAAAGUAUUUAUCAAUGUAUGCUACUGCUAGAUUUCCAAAAGUUUAACAUGGUGUUUUAUAUGUGUAUGUCAUUUGGUUAAAUUUAUCAUCAUAUAUUAUAUUUUUAUAUCCACAUAAAAUAUAUUGUGUUCACCCUUAAAGUAUCUAGGCUAAAGUAGUAGUUUGUACUAAAUUGUGAACUAAUAAUUGUAUUAUUUUAAAUCCCCUUUUGCUCAAACAUUUUUUAUCUUAGUAAUAAGACUUUAUUUCAAUAUUUAUGAGAUUUCUGGUGGAAAGAUAUAAAUCAGUUCUCUAGAACACUUGAGCAGAUAUAAUGUUUGCGUUCUGUCUUCCACAUAUACUCAAUUUUACAUUCACUGUGUAGUACGGAACGUCCAAAAGCCAUGUUAUCCAAAAGGCAGAGUUAUACUGCUGUCCUGAUUAGGUCUAUUGUUUUGUAUUAAAAUAUACUCACACGAGUUUUUACUGCAGUAUAAAUAUUUCUUUUUACACUUAUGUAACAAAGUUACUUUUUAUUAUCUUUUAAUGGGUUACAAGGUUACAACAACUUUUGUUACAACCUGUAACUCUAAACAUGAUUGUACCCAGUAAAGGUAUUAGCAUGGCUAUCUCCUAUUAGACCUGUACUGGAUAGUGAACUUGUAAUCGAUUAUAGAUAUUAGUGCUUUCAGCACUGCGAUUUUUGUUAUAAAUUUGUAAAUAGCCUGUUAACAUAGUCACUACCACACAUGUAAAACGUGUCCACUAAUAUAGAAGCAGUGCAAUAAUAUAAUGUCUGCUUUCUCUCCACAGAUCCACUUGUGUUACUUGAGUCCAGUAUAAUAAAUCAGUAAUUUAUAUUUGUGUGAAUACCCUUUUGAUCUCUUAUAUCAAUAAAAUUACAUAAUUAAUUAUUUUAGUCUAUUUUAUUGGUUUUACAUUUUUUAUACAGGGAUAUCUGGCACACAUGUGAGACACUUGCUCUCUAAUUUGUAGAAGUGGCGAGACCGGGAAUGUGUGUGUGCUCUUCGUAGCAAUAGUGUCAUUAUAAUUAUUUAUUCUGUAGAUUACUGCUCAGAGAAAUGAAACUUAUAUUUUACUUCAUGAGAUGAUUAGUUUUUUUGAAUUUUUAAGGAUUUCUAUUGACCAGUUAGUGAAUUUAAUAAAAUAAUAUCACAAAAUAGUUUUAAACUACAUCUUGGUUUUAACAGAGCCUCUUCCUUAUAAAAGUUUCUAAUUACUACUAACUAUAAAUUUGAGAAUAUAUUUGUGGUGAGACUACUGGCACAGAGCAUUUGCAUUAUAUUUCCAACUCUCAGCAGAUAGCUGCUGCUACUUUCCAGCAACUUAGGAGAGAUGACUCACAGCACUGUAUACAUUGUAUAACUACCAGAAUAAUAAUUAUGUACCUAAACUAUAUUCAUAAAAAUAGAACAUAAAAUUGUGAAAAAUUAGUUUUUGGAGCUUCACACUUAUAUCCUUCAUCCACACAUGUCAUGUUAAAGCCAUGAGGACCAUCUGGUGUUAAAUAACCAAUAGAUUCCUUAAAAAUGACCUGUGCUAUAUAAAACCAUCAUGAUAUUUCCUUUGAUUCAAGGUGAAAUAUACGUAAACCAGCUAUAGCUAUCUGGAGUGGUAUACAAGUUGGAUAGUUGGACAAAGUAUCAUCGAUGACAUUAUCUAAAACUUAGUUAAGAAACGACAAGAUAUGUAAAUUAUUGAUUUUAUAACCAUUUUUAUAAACACUUAACCCUUUGCAAUUGGGAAGCCCAAAAUGUACCCUCAACUUAUUAUUCGCUCAGCUCAGAUUUAGUCUCAGGAGGUUGUCCUCUCCGCUCGCUGCACCAAGCAUAGUGGCUGGCUGUGUUCUGUGUCAUUACGGGGCGCUUGUUUAACCAUGUACGUCACUUUUACUCGGAUUAAAAUAUCAGUAUUUGACCUUCGGCUCUUUAAAUUACUGAGAUUUAAGUUUAAUUCACAAAUAAUUUACAAAGUAUCAGCUUCAAGCUUGAAUUUUAUUAAUUGGUUAUUUAUUUUUUCCUUAAAAACGCAACUAGUAAUAUGCAAUUUAAGUUAUAGAUUGAUCUGUUUUAAAAGAAUUUAUAUUUGUAGGGUAAAAAUACAAUCUGUCUCAAUUCAGACUAUAGUAUCUACAGAAUAUUAUCUCGUUUCCAUAUUUUGAACUUCAUCUCCACCAAAUGCACUAGUAUUUUAAUAAAUAGAUAUAGCAGCUACAGUAACACUACCAGCCUGAUCAAAAAUAAUUCUGAACAAUAAUUGUGUAUUACAGUAUGUGCUGCAAAUAGAGAAAUAAGAAUGUAGUUAUUUAUUUGGGCGAGAAGUUGUAGCACUUUCCACCCACUAGAUAAGGAUUAAAUUUAAUAAUUGCGCAAUAUAGUGGGUCACACUUACUGACCUAGUGAGCUGAACAGAAAAACAGUGAGGUCCACCGAGCUGAGGAGCAGAACAUGGUCAUAAAUCAAUGACCUAACUGACCUGAGACAGAGAACACCCCAUGACCACCGAUGUGGCCAGGUGAUAUGAGAGGACAAUCAUAUGGAUUUGAUGCCGAUUGCAAUGUGUUAAGUAUUCUUUUCUCCAGUGCUGAACAGGAUUUGGAAUUAUGAAUCACAGUCAAACACACACACACACACACACACACACACACACAUACACACAUACACACAUACAGUAGUGGUACACAAUUAUCUUUGAACUAAUAUGGGGAUUUGCUACAGAGGUUUGUACUGAAUGUGGUAUAGAUAACAUUUUAUUUAAAAUAUUUGAAAUUGAAAGAUCAAAACUUAGGAAUAUGGACAUUGUGGAGCAUGGACAUUUAAAUGCUGAUUUUAUAUAAUUGAAUGUGAUAAAGAACCAAGAGUGAUAGUUUAAAUACCCAAAUAUGAUUAAUUAUACUAAUGAUACUAUAUUUUACUAUAUGGCAGUUUUUAUUUAUUAAAAUUAGGGAGUAAAUGUAACUAAUAAAUCAUUGAACAUUCUAGUUUUGCAGCAUUAAUGCUGAGUGUUAUUAUUUUCUAGUACAAACUACCUUACUCUUAAGUACUUUGAUUUUUUGGAAGUUUAAUCUUAGGUUGAAAUAACAAAUUAGUUUUCUAUCAUUAAACAUGUAAUGUAACAGGUAACACUAAUGCAAAAUGUUAUUUUGGUUUCCUUUUUUGAAGGAAAUUUGUUAGAUUGCAGUCAGGUAAUUUAAGAUAACCCUGCUCAGUAAAUGUUUAAGCGAUUUUAAAUUAAUAUUGAUUAUUAUUCUUAAUAAAUUUUUUUUUUCAGGUUAACUAAUUCAUUAUAAAUCUCUAAAUAUAAAUGUAUACAGGUUGAGAUUAUGUACAUUUAUUGCUACUAACACCUUUCACAAACCUCCACAAACUCGGUAACAAGAUUAUGUGAUUUCAUUCAAACUGUCCUUAAAUAUACAAAACAAAUACUAUACAGAAAGAAUAUUCCAUCUUCAAUCUAUAGGGUAGAGCACAGUUGGUUUUCCAUUUUUAAGUGAGUGUAAAUUAUUAAAAAGACAUCUUAGUUCUUCUUCUGUAAGUUAUUGUUAUUCACCUAAUGAAAUUUAGUUAUAUAUAUUAUUUUUAAGUGAUUAGUAUGUAUAGAUAUUAUUAUAACAAAGAUUUUUACUUUAAUUACACAUAACAGUAACUGUAUCUUCUACUUAUUUUAGUGGUUUUUAAAUAUGAAACUUAACUUGUGUGUUUUUUUUUUUUUUUUAAUAAUUUCGGUAAAUAUGUUUUAAUCAAAGAAUAAGUUAAUAAACAUGACUGAAGCUCAAACCUUUUGAGAUUGUGAAACACAAACAUUACAAUUGCACCCAGUAGUUUGUUUUAAGCAAGAACACAUUUAUGAGGUCUUAAAGCUCAACAGUUUUCCGGGGGAAGAUCCAAGCCCCUAUUUUUGGAGGGUAUUUUAUACCUCCUAAACACCCAGGGUGUCACUCCCCUAAAAUAAUUUUCUAUGUACACCACUGUUUCAAAUUUCACUUUAUUUUCUUGCAUGAUUGUCUAUUUGUUCUAAAUGGACUUUAAAUUACAUCUUUGUAACCGGUAUACAGUUACAAGAAUUUGAUUUUAAAGAAAUAUUAUAUUACCUUCAAUAUAGUAAGGUUUUGUUAUUUGUUAUGUUAUUUAAAAUAGCUUUGCUAAGGACAAAAAUUGUUCUGUACCUGAAUUUGUAUUGAGACAAUUAAAUAUUGUUUAUCUUUAUUUUGUUUCAAUGUGACAACUACUAACAUUUAGCAUGUAAAUAUAAUCUUUAUUGGUGCUUGCCUUUAAGGAUCUCAAGAACUGUGUUGAAUGCUCACAAAACCAUGUAGAAUAAAGUUUGAUGAUGAGUA